AAAAAUGGUCUGUUCCGUGGUAUGAUGUUCCCGGUAUGUUCCUAUGGACUGGUCAAUGCUCUUUUCUUCGGCGCCUACGGCAACACCAUCCAUCUUCUAGAACCUGACCACACCGUGCGGCCCACAAACUUGCAGGUAAGCAGACCACGCUGUGCGGCC